AUGUCUUCUCAUCGCGUAUUUUCUACAUCACCCACUCGCUCUCAAAUCAAGCGUCAUCUCGCAUGUCGCUUUUUUGCCAAAGUUGGCGAGGAAGAAGCCGAAAAGGAUUUUGUGUAUUUCACUUGGAAUUUGUAUGCUGCGGCAUCAGUUGAAACACAACUAUCAUGUGGAAAACAUCAUCUUCCUAUUCUUGGAGCCCUCGUUAUCAAUCACAAACGCGCCAAAGUGAUGAGAAUGCGAUUGGUUUGCCGCCGAUGCACCGAGGAAAACGACCCGCGUCCAGAAGACUGGCUUCCGCCGGACUUUCGAGAGUUUUUGUUUGUCCUAACACCAAUAAAAACGAAGCGCGAUGAAAGAAUUCUACAGAAAGUAUGGACGGAUUUGUCCGGAAAGAAAUUGAAUGGCUGGAGCGAUCUUCAACUGACGUCGCUGCGACGUGAAGCGUAUUCACUGCGUAAAACUAGAAUCAUUGAGGACACUACUAUUUUUUCUCCUUCUGGAGACGAAAUAAAGCCUCGCGAGCCGCCAAAAUUGCCAAUUACCAAUGAAGAAUUUUUUGCCAAGUAUUAUAUCAUGACAAUGAUUGACAUCAUCGAUGAAAACGCCGAAUAUGCGAUGCAUCAUAAAAUCGCGAAUUUUGGAGUUUUGCUAAAUCGAAAGCCACGAAUGGAUAUCGAAGAAUUCGAAAAAGAAAACGCAUUUGAAGUGCAUGCAUUCUGCGAGCAAUGCCUUUUCGAAAAGAAGCUCUGCUCGACAUAUCCGUUUGAAUUCCUAAGAGCAGUGGAGCAUGGAUUCGAUGAGGAGAAGAUCCCAAUUCCGUUAUACGAGUACUACAAAACGCUCAUGCCGCCACCAUCGCCGACUCGAACAAUUUGCCGCGAGCCACCAAUCGACUUUUGA